AUGAAUGUAGACGUCGGAGAUGCAAGUGUGACGGAGAGCAACCAAUAUGUGGUACCUGCACAUCUUCCGGUCAUGAGGUACUGUAUCCUAUGGCCGUUCAUCCAGAAAGCUGACAGCUUCCAGUGCUCAUGGAACCCAGAUACUGAAGCAUCUCGUCCAUUCACAAAGCAGUAUAUUGAGAGCUUGAGAGUUAAAAUUCAGCUACUCGAGUCUCAGAUGGCUCAGCUUCGAACCGACUCCUUGGCACCGCCCACCGCACUCCCUUCAAGAGCACCUUCUCCGUCACUGAUACCAUUUCAUCAAGAGACUCUCGACAGGCCCCCGAAUCUAUCACUACUUCCCAGUAACUCAUUCCACAACAUACCAAGGCCGCUAUCUGAUUCCACCCCAGAUGUGCGUAGUCUGUGUAGUAAUCGGUCGUCCUUGAUCACUCAAGCGAAUAGUUACACUUCAGCAGGAAUCAGUACCUCGUAUAACAUCAUUUAA